CACCGCUCUUCCGGCCAGGCCACGUGACCGCGCGCGCACGUGUUUCGGCCUCUAGGUGCCGCGGGCCGGAAGCCGGUCCCGGCCGGCGCCCGGCCGCUGUCUGCCAAGAGCAGGCCCGGGCUAGCCCGCAAGGCAGCCGGUCCGGGAACGGCGCAGAGGCGGCGCCCGCCGGAAGGUGGGCAGCGGCCUGGCCAUGAACCCCAGGGGCCUGUUCCAGGACUUCAACCCGAGUAAGUUCCUCAUCUACGCUUGCCUGCUGCUCUUCUCCGUGCUGCUGCCCCUCCGACUGGACGGCGUCAUCCAAUGGAGCUACUGGGCCGUGUUCGCCCCCAUCUGGUUGUGGAAGCUUCUGGUCCUCGCGGGCGCCUCUGUCGGCGCGGGCGUUUGGGCGCGAAACCCGCGCUACCGCACGGAGGGAGAGGCCUGUGUGGAGUUCAAGGCCAUGCUGAUCGCCGUGGGCAUCCACCUGCUGCUGCUCAUGUUCGAGCUCCUGGUCUGCGACCGGGUGGAGCGGGGGACCCACUUCUGGCUGCUGGUCUUCAUGCCGCUCUUCUUUGUGUCCCCCGUGUCCGUGGCCGCCUGCGUUUGGGGCUUCCGGCACGACCGGUCCCUGGAGCUGGAGAUCCUGUGCUCCGUCAACAUCCUGCAGUUCAUCUUCAUCGCCCUGAGGCUGGACCGGAUCAUCCACUGGCCGUGGCUGGUGGUGUUUGUGCCACUGUGGAUCCUCAUGUCGUUCCUUUGCCUGGUGGUCCUCUAUUACAUCGUCUGGUCCCUCCUGUUCCUGCGCUCCCUGGAUGUGGUUGCUGAGCAGCGAAGAACCCACGUGACCAUGGCCAUCUGCUGGGUAACGAUCGUGGUGCCCCUGCUCAUUUUCGAGGUUCUGCUGGUGCACAGGCUGGAUGGACACAACAUGUUCUCCUACAUCUCCAUAUUCGUCCCCCUUUGGCUCUCAUUAAUCACAUUGAUGGCCACAACGUUUAGGCGAAAAGGGGGCAACCAUUGGUGGUUUGGUAUUCGCAGAGAUUUCUGUCAGUUUCUGCUUGAAAUUUUCCCAUUUUUAAGAGAAUAUGGGAACAUUUCCUAUGAUCUACAUCAUGAAGACAGUGAAGAUGCUGAAGAAACGUCGGCUCCAGAAGCUCCUAAAAUCCCUCCAAUGUUUGGAAAGAAGGCCAGGGUGGUGAUAACACAGAGCCCUGGGAAAUAUGUCCCCCCACCCCCCAAGUUAAAUAUUGACAUGCCUGAUUAAACCUCUUCUGGGGAGUGCCCACCAGUGGAAGAGAAGUCAUAUACACACAAAAUCCACCUUCCUUUGGCCUCUUUGCCCAUCCAUGCCAAAUCUGGAACAGAAAACAGGCUUCAAAACAUCAUUUCAUGCUUUGAAAUUGCUGCCUAUCAGUGACUCAUCAGUAUUCACCAGAGAUGCAGGAGGUUCUUUUACUGUGUAGGUGUGUGUGCGCACGCGUGCUGUGUGCCCCCAUGUGUGAGGAACUUGUUUUCUAGGCUCAUGCUUGCAGAGCUAGCUGAGAGCAGUAAAUUGAGUUGUUCCGGUAGGUCCUCAAAUGGAAUAACUACCUGUGGUUUUUUAAAGUGGUACUAUACCUAUCGAAAGUAUUUAGAAAAGUAUUUUUAUACACUGCUAACAUAAAAUUGUAUUUCAGAUUGUGCCUGCUGUGACAUAAUAGCAAAUGUAAAGAAUUCUCUUUCCCACCACUUGCAUAUAAACCUCAUAGUUGUUAUUGUCAGUGUUUCCGCUGUUAAAAUGGUUUUUCUUUGGGUUUUACUAAUACUGGUCUUUAAUAGCCUAAUAGGUGAAUUUUUCUAAUGUAGUGAGCCCACCCAUAUUUAUAUGACUAUUUUGCAAUGUAAUAUGUAUUAUGUUGAAUUCUAGUUUUGUGCAGUGUAUUAUGUUAAAGUAUUUUUUUUUAAGUUUGUAAGAUAUAUAUGUCUACUGCAGAUGUUAAAAAUUGCUUAAAACAUGAAUAUCUACCUGG